AUGGCUUCUUUGAACAUGUUUCUAGCUCCGGCGGCCGCCACCACCGCCACCACCAACACCUCAAAAGCAAGAAGAGUACAGACAUUUGCCACGGCGGCAAAGGGUUCCGGCGGCGGUGGCGGUGAGGAGAAGGGGUUUUUCGAAUGGCUUAUGGGUGCAUUGGAUAAGAAUACACUGUUGGAGACAGACCCAAUUCUCCAAAAGGUGGAAGGCAAGAGUGGAGGAACCACCACCACCAGCGGUAAGAAGACCACCACAUCGGCGGCGCCACCCAAGAAGAGCGGCGGCAGCGGUGGCUUUGGUGGGCUUGGCGGACUCUUUGCUAAGAAAUGA